GAGCCUGGAGCCCCGAGCUUGAGCGGACGCCCCGCCCAACCCGAGCCCCGCGCCCAGCGCCCCUCGCCUUGCCGCGGAGUGCUGCGCCCGGGGCGGGCCGGGCCGGGGCGGGCGCGGGCGCGGUGGACUGGGCGGCAGUGGGACUCCGACUGACCGACCCGCACAGCACGCAGCGACCAGCCUCGGGCUCCGCGGUGGAAGAUGCACAGAGCAGAUUCACCAAAGCCACCACUUGCUCCCAAGCCAAAGGUUGCUACCAACCCUUAUGCACCGGCAGCCAAGUUUCCCCCUUCACAGAGGCCUGACAGCUUCCCCAGUCCCAACUCCAUGUCCAGGGGCCCCAAGCCCCCUAUCGCUCCUAAGCCCAGACUGACUGGCCCCAGUGAGUACCUGAACAACAGCCUCGGCAAAUGCAGCAAUGGGAGGCUGCUCUGUGAGGACCGGGGCCUGUACGACGGACACCACUCCACCCUGAAUUGCUUGGAGUUGGAGCCUGAUGAGCAGUAUAUCAUGGUUCCCAGGGCUCCACAGAAAGAAGAUACUCCCGUGGAUGGGGCUACCGAGGAGCCGGGGUUUGAGGGGGAAGUCCAGGAGCAUGGUACAGAGCAGACAGGAACUGAGGGGGACCUGGAAGCUCCAGAUGAAGAGGCACCAAGUAGAGACAGUGAGGAAGGCAUGGUCCACGCUCUGGAAGAUGAAGACUGUGAUCACGAUCCAGAGACGGAUGGGACCCCAACAUCGCCAGAUGAAGGGGCACCAAGCAGAGACAGUGAGGAAGGUGAGGAGGACUGUGAUCAGGGCCCAGGUAUGGAGGAGCAUCCCAUGAGUGAAGAGGAGGGAGAAGAGGAGGAGGUGAAGGAGCACGUGUACAACAGUGAUAACAGGGCACCCUGGGAUGGAGAGGAGCCCUUCCCCAAUGAGGUCAUUCUCACACAUGUCCGCUCUCAGUCCCCUGAAGUUCCCUGUUGGGAGCCAGGCCCUCCUGAGACUCCUGGAGAGGCAGAAGAGGAUUGUGAAGACAUCUGUAACAACACAGAACCUGGGAAACCCAAUCAGGACACUGGUCAGGACACAGAGGAUGCCGGCAUGGGAUCCCCUGAGAGUGAGGUGUCCCCAGAUGUCCAGGAGCAAGAGGCAGCAACGGACAACCCUGAGGUCUUUGAGGAGGACUCUGCAGAUGCUGCAGAAGGUGAGGAUCAGAUAGAGCAGGAGGAACCACCCAAUUGUGACGAGGAAGCCUAUAAUAGAGAUGCCGCAGCAGCCACCAUGCAGGUGGGAGAGGACCUCGGAGAGGAGGGAGACCAUGUGCAGGAGGACCCUGCUGAGGAAAGCUGCCAGAUCAUUCCCUUUGAGAGCGACAGUGUGGAGGAGGAUUUCUCACCUACACUCACAGAGAAUCCCUAUGAGAUUUUCCCAACCGAGAGCACUUCCUUCUGCAAUAACACCUAUUCCCUUGACGAGUCAGCCAAUGGGCACGAGCCAGUGUGCGAGAUCUGUGUAGAGGAGGUUCCUGGUGUUGGCCCUCCACUUAACCAGCAUGAUUCCCUGCCAGAUGGAUCUGGAGAGGACUCCCCGGUGGUCCCUGAUGUGGUGGUCGUGCCAGAGAAUGAGGGGCCCGUGGAUGAUGCACUCAGCAGUCCAUACGUGAUGGGAGUUGGCUUGCUGAGCCUUGGAGAGGGAGCGCAGUCAGACACCCAGGCUGCAUCAGGCACUCUGAGUGGGUACAGUACAUGGGAGGAAGGGGACUCUGAGGGAGGGCAGGUCCCAGUGGAUAGGAAGAAUAUUGCCACAAGGGCCCGGCCUCACUCUGGGAAGGUGGCUGGUCAUGUUCCAGAAACUGUUCUAGAAGAAACGGGACCAGAAACCUGUUCAUCAGGCAUGGGCAUCAGAGAUACCAGUGAUGAAGUGAGGAAGAUAGGUAUAUUGCCAGAGGGAAAGCCUCCCGAGUGUGUUCGGGCCUUGCCGGCCAAGCCCAGAGCAUUUACUCUCUACCCAAGGUCCUUCUCUGUAGAAGGCCGGGAGAGUCCCCUGUCCAUGUUCCGGGAGCCAGAGGGAGCCGGGCUGGACAGCCACCGUGUAAGGAGGAAAGAGGACAACCUCUCUCUGCCGGGCGCCAUCGGCUCCUCCGGUAGCUUCUCACAGCGCAGCCACCUGCCUUCCAGUGGCACCUCCACACCAUCCUCUGUGGUUGACAUCCCACCCCCUUUUGACUUGGCCUGCAUCACGAAGAAACCCAUCACUAAAAGCUCACCCUCACUCCUGAUAGACGGAGACACCCUGGAAAAAGCCUCUAAGAAGAAGAAGUCCUCCUUCAAACGCUUCCUGGAGCUGACGUUCAGGAAGAAGACAGAGAGCAAGGUGCACGUGGACAUGAACCUGUCGUCUUCCAGGUCUUCCUCUGAGUCCAGCUACCAUGGUCCAGCCAGGGUACUGGAACUUGACCGCAGAAGCCUCAGCAACUCGCCCCAGCUCAAGUGUCGCACUGGAAAGCUCCGGGCCUCUGACUCCCCGGCCGCCCUCAUCUUCUACAGGGACAGCAAGAGGAAAGGCGUCCCCUUCAGCAGGACGGUGUCCAGAGUGGAGUCCUUCGAAGACCGCUCCCGGCCGCCCUUUCUGCCUCUGCCCCUCACCAAGCCACGGUCCAUCUCAUUCCCCAAUGCCGACACUUCGGACUAUGAGAACAUUCCAGCCAUGAACUCAGACUAUGAGAAUAUCCAGAUCCCCCCUCGCAGGCCGGUGAGGACUGGCACUUUCACAAAGCUGUUCGAAGAACAGAGCCGAGCCCUGUCCACCGCAAAUGAAAAUGACGGCUACGUGGACAUGAGCAGCUUCAAUGCCUUCGAGAGCAAGCAGCAGAGUUCAGAGCAGGAAGCUGAGAGCGCCUACACUGAGCCCUACAAGGUCUGUCCCAUCUCAGCGGCUCCCAGAGAGGACCUCACAUCAGACGAAGAACAAGGAAGCUCCGAGGAGGAGGACAGUGCUUCAAGAGACCCCAGCCUCUCACACAAGGGUGAAGGACAGUCUAGAGCCCUUGUCAUCGCUCAGGAGCUGCUGUCUUCAGAGAAAGCAUAUGUGCAGAUGUUGCAGCACUUAAGCCUGGAUUUCCAUGGAGCCGUCCUGAGGGCCUUGGAGAACGUAGAGCAAGAGGGCAGAGAGCCACUGGCCCAGGAGGAGCUGCGGCAGGGCCUGCGGGAGCUCCCAGCUAUCUGUGACCUUCACCAGGGCAUCCUGGAGAGCCUGGAGCAGAGGCUGGGGGAUUGUGGGGAGGGCCAGCCGCAGGUGGCCGACAUCUUCCUGGCCCAGGAACAGGAGUUCGAGCAUCAUGCCGCACACAUCCUGCAAUUUGACAGGUACCUGGGGCUGCUCGCUGAGAGCUGCCUGCUCUCACCCCGGCUAGCCACCACGGUCCGGGAGUUUGAGCAGCAGAGUUCACAAGGGGGUGGCCAGAGCAUGAAGCAUCGUAUGCUGCGUGUGGUCCAGCGCCUCUUCCAGUACCAAGUGCUGCUCACUGAUUAUUUAAAUAACCUGUGCCCGGACUCAGCAGAGUACGACAACACUCAGAGUGCUCUGACUCUCAUCUCUAAAGUGACAGACCGUGCCAACGAAAGCAUGGAACAGGGGGAAAACCUGCAGAAGCUGGUCCACAUCGAGUACAGUGUACGAGGCCAAGGGGACCUCCUCCAGCCAGGAAGGGAGUUCCUGAAGGAAGGGACACUGAUGAGGGUGAGAGGGAAAAGCCGACACCCCCGCCACCUGUUCCUGAUGAAUGACACACUCCUGUACACACAUCCCCAGAAGGAUGGGAAGUACCGGCUGAAGAGCUCGCUGCCAGUGGCCAACAUGAAGGUCAGCCGCCCUGUGAUGGACAAAGUGCCCUAUGCUCUGAAGAUCGAAACUCCUGAGUCUUGUCUGACACUGUCUGCAAGCUCCUGCGCGGAGCGGGACGAGUGGCACUACUGUCUGAGCAGAGCCCUUCCGGAGGAUUACAAGACUCAGGCCCUGGCUGCCUUCCACCACAGUGUGGAGAUCCGGGAAAGGCUGGGGAUCAGCCUCGGUGAGAGGCUCCCCACCCUGGUGCCUGUCACUCAUGCCAUGAUGUGCAUGAACUGCGGCUGUGACUUCUCCCUCACCGUGAGGCGCCACCACUGCCAUGCCUGCGGCAAGAUUGUGUGCCGGAACUGCUCUCGAAACAAGUACCCAUUGAAGUGCCUCAAGAACAGGAUGGCCAAGGUCUGUGAUGGCUGCUUCCGGGAGCUGAAGUUGAGGAAUGGGCCUGUCCCAGGCUCCAUGAGAGAGCGUCCAGUCAGCAUGAGCUUCCCACUGUCCUCGUCCCGCUUUUCCUCGGGCAGCGCCUUGUCCUCUGUCUUCCAGAGUAUUAGCCCCUCAACUUUCAAGAAGCAGAAAAAAGUCCCUUCGGCUCUGUCCGAGGUGGCCGCGUCAGGAGAGGGCUCUGCCAUCAGCGGCUACUUGAGCCGCUGUAAGAGUGGCAAGCGGCGCUGGAAGAAACUCUGGCUCGUCAUCAAGGGCAAAGUACUCUACACCUACUUGGCCAGCGAGGACAAAGUGGCCAUGGAGAGCAUACCUCUGCUGGGUUUUACUAUUGCCCCAGAAAAGGAGGAGGGCAGCAGCGAAGUGGGCCCUGUUUUUCAUCUUUAUCACAAGAAAACCCUGUUUUACAGCUUCAAAGCAGAGGACAGCAAUUCUGCUCAGAGAUGGAUGGAGGCCAUGGAAGAUGCCAGUGUGUUAUAGCAGUCACCAGGCCCAUGGACUAACAACAAACUCCUACAUUAACUCGAGAACCCUUCCGGAAGUGACUCCUGCUUUCAGCUCAUCUGGAUGCACGUGUGGGUUCUGUGUGGAGCUUGACCUCAAGGCGAAACCCCAAGAGCUAUUUAUAGACAUCUUCUUUUCUGCCUCCAUGUUUCCCAACCCCAAUCACAGACUGUACACCCUUAUCUAAAAGUGAGUUAAAAUUUAGUACCUUGAAGACGUGGAAACCAAGUGAAAAAGACACUUAGAAAUGUGGGCUUUUUAGUAGAAACUGGCUUUUUCUGGUUUUACUCCUGGUGACUAAGACCACUUUCAACUUUCCGCACUCUCCAUAUGGUGCCUCAGGUGAUGUGGGAGCCAGACAGGAAGUAUCAGCUGUGUAUCUAAGCACUUUACUAUCCUGCUGAGCUGCAGCCUCCAGGGCUGUGUCUUCCAAGGAAUGGCUGCAAACUUCGGUGCAAAGUGACUCCUGCAGCCUUACUGUGGCUUGCCACCCUAAGGAGGGAGGGGCUCAGCACCACACCAGGGCUGCCCUCUAAAGCAUCACAGAUCCCUCAAACAUGGAAGACCUGCAUCUGCGUUAAGUUUCUGUGUGCAUUCCUGUGUCCACACUGUGCAGGCUGACCAUCCUGUUGAUGGGAGUCUGUCCUCUUUGUAACACGUGUCCUUGGGCUGUACCAGCCACACCAAGCUUACUUUUUGAGAGAGGUAAAGGAGAAAGAGAGAAGUUGGGUCAUCAGAAAGUGGUCUGCACAGAAGGCUUGGCCAGCCCGGAGGCACUGAGUGGCUGGAAGACACUUUGCACACCUGAGGCCGACAGCAUCACCUCCCUCUGGGCACCUGAGGCAGAGCCAUCACCUGCUGGCCAGUUCUUUAUGCCGAAUGGAUUUUACAAAAUGCAGGAGGAGGAACAGGAUUCCUCUUCACUAUCCCUACAGUUGGGAAAAAAAAAAAAAUGCCUCCAUUUUCUGAAAUCUCUUCCUGCCUUGUCCCCUACAAAAAAGAUUUUUGUAAAACAAACAAACAAACAAACCACCAUCUCAAGGACUUAUUUACAUUAAUUAUGUUCAGGGAUUUCUUUUUCUAGUUUGAAGUUCUUUUUCAAUGUUUUUGCAGUCGGUGUAUAGUUAGUAAUUCAAGUCGGAUGGAAGACAAGUGUUACUGUUCACUUCACAAUCCUAGGAUCCUUCCUAGAGUCACUCACAUGGGACCCGGACACCGAGACCCAGGAACCUUUAGAGAGUGGAGCUGGACUCAAGGACAGUAAUCCUCUUCCUUUGGUUUCAUUUUUCUAUGAUUUCAAUUGCAGGAGACCAACUGUGGACUGAAAAUAUUAAAUGGAAAAUUCCAGAAAUAAAAGUGCAUGAAUUUCCAGUCA